AUGUUCGACCCACAGGGACGGACGUUAAAAGUGCUGCGGUUGCUGCCAGGGAUAUUUGGAAUGGCUUUCGAAGCGGCAGUGGCGGCACAACGGUGUUCCACAGCAAUCACAGCAGCCAGCAACCAUCUAGCAGCAGAGAAGGUCUGGGCAGCCUCAAAAGAGACAGAUGAAGGAACCGCUAUUCUUGGGCUUUCACUUCCAAGAUUCUGCGACCCUGUUCUCAACCGCUUGGCGGCGUUGUCUCGCCUCUACGUACCUGCCUACUUGGGAUUAACCUGUUUCAUCCUAGAUUAA